GACGCAGGACCAGGACGUAGGACGUGAGGGAAGUGGUGGGCGUUUCUCUCCGUGUUCGUUAGCUGACUGUAAAGAGAAGGUUUCUCUCCUCCACGAACAGCUUUACCGAUGUUUCUUCCUACGCUCGUGGAGGACAUGCAUCAUUUUAAACCCAGUCGAGACAGACUGUACACCACCAGGUGUUGUGGAUGUUGCCACGUCCGGACGGGGACCAUCAUUCUGGGAACAUGGUACAUGGUAGUCAACCUGUUGAUGGGCAUCCUGCUGACUGUAGCCGUGACCCACCCAGAGAACGUGCCCACUAUUGACUUACAGUACGAGGUCAUCGACCACUACUUUGCGUCCGACAGGAUGUCUGAGAAUGCCUGUGUUGGAUUCGCCAUCUCCCUGCUGAUGCUCACUAUCAGUGCCAUGAUGGUGUACGGAGCUAUCACUCAUCGUGACGGCUGGCUCAUCCCGUUCUUCUGCUACCAGCUGUUUGACUUUGCUCUGAGCUGCCUGGUGGCCAUCAGCUCGCUCACCUACCUGCCCAGAAUCAAGGACUACCUGGACCAGCUGCCGGACUUCCCAUACAAGGACAACCUCCUCUCUCUGGACUCCAGCUGCCUGCUCCUCUUUGUGCUUGUCUUCUUUGCCUUCCUCAUCAUCCUUAAGGCUUACUUGAUCAACUGCGUGUGGAACUGCUACAAGUACAUCAACAACAGGAACAUGCCAGAGAUCGCUGUUUACCCUGCCUUCGAGACCCCGCCCCAGUACAUCCUGCCCACUUAUGAGAUGGCGAUGAAGAUGCCAGAGAAGGAACCACCUCCCCCUUACAUGCCCGCUUAAGCACCGGCACCGUUGCCAAAACACACACAUCCACACAUGCACACACCAACGCACAGCACCAUAUGCAUUCCUACCUUCCCUCACUUCCCCUUUCUGAGCACCACUAAGCCCUUAUCCCCCUCUCUGAUUCUCUGUGUAUGUGUAAGGCCAAUAAAUGGUUAAGUUCAACCCCUCCCUCUGUAUUUCUAAAGAGCAUCCUGCAGGUGUGAGAGGAGAAUAGGUGGGAAAGACUGAAAUCUGCUUGUAAAAAUGAAUGAAUGAGAUAUUUGGAAAGUGACAGAAGCUGCUACCCCUCCCUGCCUCUGGCCUUUUUUAUGUCUUAGUAAAAGGGAUACAUGUGAAACUUAAAUAGCUUAAAAUGCUUUCAUCAAUCCAGCAACAUCCUAUCUAUAGAUUGAUAUAUGAAGUGUAAAAAGAUUCUAUUAAGACAAUCCACUUAUUAUAGCUCUUACUGUUGAAUUGUGUUACUUUAUCCCCCUAAUUAUGGAGAUCUAGACUAUUCCAUCUUAGUCUUGACUGGAGUCUGUAGCACUUUUUUUGUCUGUUAUUUAUUUAGCUUUGCUGUGGUUCAGUUCACCUCCACCACCCCUGAUGGUUUUCACCACUUUCUGCUGUCCUGAUGUGUUAGCAAUGCUAGUUACGAGUUUCCCAGCUGAGACUGAGAGACUGACAGCAGAGGGAGCUGAUGAUGGAUCAUUUUUCUCUGCUUCUUUCUCGCCUCACAUCUGGAGCAAACAGCUGGUCUUGUGAACAUUUGUAGUUGCAUGCUGAUCAAAAACCUCCCUCCACAUUAUUUUAAGGGUUAUGAUUUAUCCUACUGUAGUGAAAAACAUUUGACUUCAAUAAACGUUUCAGAAAGUUUA